GCAGAAAACAGACAAACACCGAAUUGAGAAUCACAACGCCAUCAUGCCGCACUCUGUGUCUCCGGAUAAGUCGCGAUCUCCAGAUAAUGCCGAGGAUGAGGUUAUGCAAGAUGCGCCUGCCACGAAUAACGCUCAGGAAGGAACGGGAGUGAGACUAGAGGAAAUGUUUGAUGACGACGACGACGACGAUGAAUUCCCUGCAUCGAGCGCGCCUGAGAAGAUGGAUACAUCAGAGAUGCCUGGGUCGUCUGGACCACCACCGCCCGAAGUCGACACGGAUACGAUGCUUGCUUUCUACCAGCGUUUGUUCCCGUUCCGUUACCUAUUCCAGUGGCUUAAUCACGGAGUCGUUCCUUCGCCUGACUUCGGUAACCGGGAAUUCGCGCUCACACUUCAAAAUGACGCCUACCUGCGGUAUCAGUCGUAUGCAACUGCGGACUUAUUCCGCAAAGAUAUCCUAAGAAUGAACCCCUCUCGUUUCGAAAUCGGCCCUGUUUACAGCACAAACCCCCGAGACCGGAAGACCCUCCGCGGCGGACAGAUGAAGCCAGUCUCGAAAGAAUUGGUUUUUGAUAUCGAUUUGACAGAUUACGACGACAUCCGAUCGUGUUGCACAAAGGCGAAUAUCUGCGGGAAGUGCUGGUCGUUUGUAACGAUGGCGAUGAAGGUGGUCGAUACUGCUCUACGGGAUGAUUUCGGGUUCGAGCAUAUCAUGUGGGUAUAUUCCGGUCGUCGUGGUGCUCACGCAUGGGUUUGCGACCGACGCGCUCGCAACCUUCCCGAUGACCGACGAAGAGCUAUUGCGGGUUAUCUAGAUGUGAUCCGUGGAGGAGGUGGCGGCAAGCGUGUGAAUGUAAAACGGCCAUUGCAUCCGCACCUCUCCCGAAGUCUGGAGGUCCUGAGACCCUACUUCGCCCAAACCACCCUCAUCGACCAAGACACCUUCGAAGGUCCCGAACAAGAACAACGACUCCUCUCGCUCCUCCCCGACGGCUCCUUAAAUGACGCCCUCCGCCGCAAAUGGGCCUCCUCCCCCGGCCGCUCCAGCAAGAACAAAUGGGCCGACAUCGACGCCCUAGCAGAAUCCGGCCAGAGCAAAUCCCUCAACACCACCUCACUCAAGAACGCAAAACAAGACAUCGUUCUAGAAUACACCUACCCACGUCUCGAUUCCGAAGUCAGCAAGAAAAUGAUCCAUCUGCUCAAGAGCCCCUUUGUCAUCCACCCCGGUACCGGCCGCGUCUGUGUCCCUAUCGACGGCCGGAAGGCCGAACAAUUCGACCCCCUCUCUGUUCCCACAGUAUCGCAAUUACUUUCUGAAAUUGACGCUUGGGAUGCAGAGCACCCCUCGAACGGCGCACACGCUGAGGUUGCUGAGCCGGAGGGAAGUGUGCCCGACGGCUCUGACGUGGGGGGGAGUCGCAAGCUGCAGGAUUAUGAGAAGACCAGCCUGAAACCGUAUAUCGACUAUUUCCGGUCGUUUAUUGCUGGUCUCAUCAAGGAGGAACGUACUGGGAAACGGGAGCGGGAUGAAGAGGGUGCUGAGGUUAAGUCGGAGAGUAUGGAAUUUUGAGUCUCUUUUUGGUUUUUAUUAGCGGAUUGAAGGGCUUAGGAUCAUGGCGUUGGUGUUGUGUGUUUAUAUUUGAGGACUGAGGAUAUGAUAUACUAUUUUAUGUGUGCAAAUGAACUGCUAUAAUUCGAUUUUACUUGCAAAUCCUUACGCUACAUAGGCAGGAUUACAGAAACAAUUGAGAGUGCAUAUACAUCAAAUUCAUAUCUAUUGGU